UGCGGCGGAGACCCAAUGCCCUCGGAGCUCGAAGGAGGAGCGGGCCGUUGGGGCCUCGAACUCGGAGCGGGUGGGGCCCCUGGCGACGCAGACAACGCCUCCGCUCGGCUCGGCUCGGCGGCUGGAGCCCAGCAGAGAGGCCGCCCGCCGCGCCCGGGCGCCCUCGGCCGCGUGGUGCCCACCGCGCGCUGCGCCCACACCAUGCCCGUGUCCGACCAGGCAUUUGUGACGCUGGCCACCAACGACGUCUACUGCCAGGGGGCCUUGGUGCUGGGGCAGUCGCUCCGGGAGCACAGGGCCACCAGGAGGCUGGUGGUGCUGGUCACGCCUCAGGUGUCCAACCCGCUCAGGGUUAUCCUAUCAAGGGUGUUUGAUGAGGUCAUUGAGGUGAACCUAAUAGACAGUGCAGACUACGUCCACCUGGCCUUUCUGAAGAGACCUGACCUUGGAAUCACCCUCACCAAGCUUCACUGCUGGACGCUCACCCAUUACAGCAAGUGUGUCUUCCUGGAUGCAGACACCCUGGUGCUGUCCAACAUCGAUGAGCUGUUCGACAGGAGGGAGUUCUCUGCGGCCCCGGAUCCCGGAUGGCCGGAUUGCUUCAAUAGCGGGGUGUUUGUCUUCCAACCCUCGCUGGAGACGCACAGCCUCUUGCUACAGCACGCCACCGACCACGGCAGCUUUGACGGGGCAGACCAAGGCUUGCUGAACAGUUUCUUCAGUAACUGGUCCACCGCCGACAUCCGGAAGCACUUGCCCUUCAUCUAUAACCUGAGCAGCAACACCACGUACACCUACGGUCCUGCCUUCAAACAAUUUGGCUCCAGCGCAAAGGUGGUCCACUUCCUGGGGUCCUCGAAGCCUUGGACCUACAAGUACAAUCCCCAGACGGGCUCCGUUUUGGAGGAGGGCUCCGGGCGGGCCGACCAGCAUCAGACGUCCUUCCUUAACCAGUGGUGGGGAAUUUACCACCGUCGCAUCUUGCCCCUUUGUGAAAAUAUCCGGAACAAGGACCACCAGGGGUCCCCAGGUCACACGGCUCGCCUCGGAGGCACUGGGGUGCAGUGUUCCGGUGCAGCGGCCACGGCGGAGGGGUCGUGUGCGAAUCCAGCAGAGGGGCCCAGGCAGGCUUGCUCUGCUGACGGCUCGGAGAAGCCCGUGGGGGUGGAGGAAAACAUCCCUACUCUGGCGGCACGCCCUUCGGAAGAGACGAUAGGUUGGCCAGAAAUAGAGACUUGUGCUGAAGUGCGACGUGACCCGUUGUCAACACCUUCCCCCCAGUUUGCAGACCUCAGAGAGAUCCAAAGCUAUUCGCGGCGGGCGGAGAACGCGGGAGGUGCCCCACCCGAGGACGCCUUGGAACCCAGCCGGGAGCCCCCUGCGGAUGUCAGCAGGGACCCCAGUCCCCAGGAUGCUCUGGAGGUGGACCUGACCAUUUCCGUCUCCCAGAUCUCCAUCGACGAGAAGCUCAAGGUCCCGAGCCCCGAGGAGGAGCGGAGAAAGUGGGAGGAGGGACGGAUGGAUUACCUGGGGAAGGACGCCUUCGCCCGCAUUCAGGAAAAGCUGGACCGCUUCCUGCAGUGACCGCGCCGUUUGGGUGAGCGGUCCUGCUCCAUCAGCGUCCAAAGCCCUUUCCGAGGAGGAGCUCUUCACCACGUGCCUGUUUACAGUCGAUCCACCUGAGUGCCUUCUGUCCGCCCCCAUGGUCCACCCAAAACCCAGGUCGAAGCCCCGCAUGACCCCAGGUCCCUAUGCCUCUGGGGCUUCCCCGGGGAAGUCCUGUCUCCUUUAUGCCUUGCUGGUAAAUCACUGCAGAUGGUGACUGCCAUGAAAUUAAAAAACACUUGCUCCUUGGAAGAAAAGCUAUGACCAACCUAGACAGCGUAUUAAAAAGCAGAAACAUCACUUUGCCCACAAAGGUCCGUCUAA